AUAUGAAAUCAAGUGACUUAACCACUAAGGAGGUUCAUAUGGUAAGUGAUAGAUUCUCUUUAAUGGGUGGAUUCUAUCACCUGGCACCUAUAUAAGUCAAGGUCCCUGUUCUCCCAAUUCUACCCAGUUUACAAGUAAUCUCGCCCUAUUGAGAGAUAAAACAAAUCACUGUUUGAGAGAGCAGAAGACUUUGUCUUACCGAAUCCUUGCUUGAAGACGAUGGACUCUAUAGCCACUCCAGAAUAUGAAGUCCCUAUAAAGGACACAAACAGGAUGGAGUCAAAGCUUGAACUCAUUGUAAAAAACCUGAGGAGGGAAGAUCUCAAAAUCACCCUAUGGGGCAACACUACAAGGAAACUCAAUUUGCAAAGUAUUGAAGCAUCAGGUUCAGCAAUACUUAUUGUGAUCACAAGUUUAAGAGUGACGAAAUUUCAACAACAAAUUCAAGCAUCAACUACAAAUCACUCUUGCAUACUCAUAAAUCAACAGAUUCAUCAGACACAGGAAUACCAAGCUGAAUUCUCCAAGACAGGAGACAAAGUAAAGACAGUUCCUGGUCCAGGCAAGCGACUCAAACCAAAACAAUUAAAAAAAAAACACAACGAAGACAGUGUCAGAACUGAAUGCAUUGGAUCCAGAUUUAUAUACGAUAUGAAAAAACAUUUUUUAUUUCUCCUCAUAUCAUCAACCAUACAAAUUCUAAUCUACGCCUUAUAUUGCGCAAUGAUAUUGUCUAUUGUACCACUUCUAUCCGUAGAUUUCCAAUGCACAAUGGGUGGUGGUACAAAUCUUGCGCCACCUAUCAUAAACAGUUGAAAAAAAAAGGAUGUCACUAAAUUGAGCCGUCCUGACCAUGAUAUACAGAUUCCUCUUUCAUGGUAGCUACCAACUUGUUCAAGAACAGUGGGUAUGACUCCAUUAUCCACAAUUCCUUCAAUGGUAUAAAUAUUACAAAUUUCUUUCUCUUUCCUUUUUUUUUUUUUUCCUUCAUUUGUUAUUCACAAAUAAUUUUUUUGCUUUGUUUACAUGUACAAAGUUCAUAUGACAAUUUGUGAUAACACUAAUCAAGUUAUUGUUCUCAUCAUGGGAGAACAAGCGGAGCGGCUAUUUGGAAUCACCUGUGUUGAUUUGGUCAAUAAACGGUUCUACCUGACACACGAAAUUGCAUCAGAAGAAAUAGAAAAAUUUAUUUGACAAACCUACCUAUUUGAAAUCAAGGUCAAUCCCAACAGUGAGUUACUGGUGAGGAACAUCUUCCCAAAUGUGCAAGCUUCUGCAUCAUCAACAUAACCUGAUCCAAGUAGUGCCACACCAGAACAUCUCUCAUAUCAGAGAAAGAGAAUCAUUGUAGGAACCAGCAAAACAUUGUUCAUUUCAAAUUCUGAAAAAAUGGUGAAGAGAUACAUAUUCAAUCUUACUUGCAAUUUCACAUUUCAAACAACUCAUUUUGUGGCUUCUCUUAUUAAUUUUAUUAUUCCUUCACGUGUUCCAUGUUUACAACAGAUUUUAGAUUAAUACUUUACUUACAUUAUAUAACAACAAAUGUCAAUUGACCAAAAACGCAGCUUAU